UUGAAAUGCAGAAGUUGCUCCGUGAUAUGUUUUAUCUGUUAAAUGAAGUCGUAACUAAUUUUAACUAGUACUACAGUGACCUUUACCCUUAUGACAAAUGUUUAAUUAAUUGUUUGUUACCAUGGAGGAUAAAGGAAUUUAUGAAUAUGACGUACAAGUCGCUUGUCUCUCGGACAUCGUUGGGUUGCAAAGAAAAUGUGAACAACAACAACUUCAGUUCUCGGCCGAAACAAAUGAGUUCUUGUUAUACCAAACCCUUAAACAAGUUGGUCCCAUAUUAGCCCAGAAACUGAUAUCUAAGCUGGUUGAAAAGGGCCAAUUGAAUUGGGAUGAAAAUGAAGAUUAUGAAGUUGAACAGAUAGUUGAUCACUGCUGUGAAGAUGGCAAAGAUUAUUACCUCAUUAAGUGGAAAGGUUGGAGUCGAGCAUACAACUCAUGGGAACCAAAUGAUAACCUGAACUGUGAAGGCCUUCUGGAUGAGUUUCAAAGGUUGAACAGUGCAAAAAUGAAGAAAAAUGGGACACUAAAACGAGCUGCUGUUGCAUACCCAGAGUCGAAGAAAUCUUUUCGGAACAUGCAGUUAAAUGAGCUGUGGGAGAAAAUAAAUAAGAAUGGAAUGCAUGAGAAGUUGACCCCACUAGAGCUCUUGUCUGCAUCAAGCCCCAAAAAGGUGAAAGGUUUGUUAGCACUGGGAUCUAGGUCAAAACAUACACGAAAACUUCGCUUCAAGCCAGCACCAAACUAUAAGAGCAAGAAGACAAAGAACUAUAAGGAAAAAAAGGCAGAAAUGAAGAAAGCUCUGUGGGAAUGGGAAGCGCAUUUAAAUUCUAUUUGUACAGAUCCUUCUCCCAUAGUAGUGGAGAAUGACGUAGAUCUGGAAGGUCCUCCUGACAAUUUCGAAUACAUCAAUGAUUAUCGUGCAGGGGAAGGCAUUCAUAUACCUCAGGACCCAAUAAUGGGCUGCGACUGUGGCACCUGUAACAAGAAAGGCCCUUGCUGUCCACAUAACAGCGGGGCUGAAUUUGCAUACUAUAGAUGUAAACGAGUGAUGGUUCCACAAGGUACUCCAAUCUAUGAGUGUAACAAGCGGUGUAAAUGUGAUGAUAAUUGUGCCAACAGAGUGGUCCAGCAGGGCCGCAAGUGUAAAGUGAGCAUCUUCCGUACCAAUAAUGGCAGAGGUUGGGGCGUGAAGACCUUGCAGAAGAUGAAGAAAGGGACGUUUGUGAUGGAAUAUGUUGGAGAGGUGAUAACCAGUGAGGAAGCGGAGCGCCGCGGGAAGAUCUAUGAUGCUGAAGGUAGAACUUACCUUUUUGACUUAGACUACAAUGAUGGAGAUUGUCCAUUCACUGUCGAUGCUGGAUUCUGUGGGAACAUAUCUCACUUUGUUAACCAUUCGUGUGACCCAAACUUGGUUGUGUAUGGAGUAUGGAUAAAUACUUUAGAUCCUCGACUGCCGCGCAUAGCGCUUUUUUCUGCUCGAGACAUCGACAAAGGAGAGGAACUGACGUUUGAUUACAUGAUGACAGGUGACACAACACAACAAAGUCGCAACAAUAAAUUGUCGGCAUACUCUGACAUUGUUGACUCGUCUGAAGCAGAAUCAGGGUCUCCUAAUGUGAGUUUUUCCAGGCGCCUUUCCUUGUCCCCUGUUCAACACACAGUUGUCAACGGUAGCCCUUCUGAGAUGGACAUAUCUGAUAUACCAGCAGCUUUACCUAUGCAGAAAAAUUUGGACGAUUCCGUGUCAGGUUUAUCUUCAGAUAGUGGGAAUUCAUUGUCUAUGUCACAGUAUCGUAUCAUCUGCCAGUGUGGUUCCAAAAACUGUAGACAGUACUUAUUCUAAGUAAACUUUACAUCUGUUUCAGCUUUGCCAUCCAGACUGCAUGUGAUACAUGCCCAAGCUCUGCAUUUUACAUUUCCUGUUUUAUUACAGUUUUCUUACUUCUGCAUUUUCUUUGUAAUUGUACAUGUACUUGGGAACUGGUUUAGGUAAUGACAUGUAGAUCUUUCCACCAGGACAUGUGAGAACGAAGUCUUGAUGUGACUAGUAUUUUCUAUGACUAAUAUUUUCGGUAGUAUGACAGAUCUUGACUAUGUACAUUUAUUCUCCAAGCAUGUUUAAUAAGUUAUUGCAUGCUUUAAUCUUUCUUGUUAAAGUAUUCUAGUUCUUGAAAUCCACAGAAUUUAUUUUUAAAUUCUGUGUUAGUUAAUGUAUUUGGUAUUACUUAAGGUCAUGAAAUUAUCUAAAAAUAAUUUCGAUACUCUGGUUUCACAUGCAGAUUUGUUAGGUGAUUUGUUACGUUUGUGUUUUUAGGUGGCCUGUAGGCAGUACGAUAACACAGAACCCAAUAAAAAGUAUGUGGCUGGCAGUUUUAGGACGUGUUUUAAGAUUUUGCUUUCUUGCAACACAAGGUUAUCUAUUCGUUACAAAUUUGAGUGCAUCUUUCCAGCGUCAUUAAUAAUUAUGUGAAUGGGGGUCGAAUUUCCGUUGUGAUUUACAUGUAAGUGUUUAUAAAAGUACUGCAUUAAUAGGAGUACCUAUUGGAGAAAUAUUCUUGAGUACCCGGUAAAAUACCAAUCAAAUAGUUAAAUAAAAUUAAACAUCAGUUUGUGGAAAUACGUGAGCCAUUUUAUUUUAGGUACUUAGAGCUCAAGAAAAAGAAUUUGGCUGGCAGUUGAAGAAUAUAUGUUUUAAAAUUUUCCUUUCUUCAUGAUGUUCAGACUUCACAGGGUUAUCCAUCCAUUACAAAUUUGAAGGCCCUUCAUAGGUAAUUCAUACUUAUGUGGGAUCCAUAUUUCAUUUGUGAUUUUAGUGUAUGUAACGGUACUGCCUUAAUAAGGGUCCCUUCGGAAUUAAAUGCAGAUUUCUUUAUACUUCCACUUUAAAUGAGUGCUAAAUCAUCUUUACUCCCUAACUGAGUUAAGCUGCAGCUAAAUGUGUCUUGGCUGUAUUUUACCAAAUGUACUAGAUGGUUUCAUGAUUAUAUUGUUAUAAUUUAAUCAUGAUUGUGCUGCAUGAUUUUCUUAAGACAUUGAAAUGAGGGACAUUUGCUUUAAAUUAACAAAGUGCCUGCAUAUAUGAUGGGUGGUAUGCCAAUUGAUACUGCCAAAUUGAUCAGGAAUUAUUUACAAAA